GGUAAACUGUUAUGAUUCUUUUCGUGUUGUUGAUGCCUUAUAUCGCUCCAAGUAUUUUUUGAGUUCAAUGGCCAGCUUCAACCAAAAUCCUUUACGGUCUUCCUCAACAAAGUCCCCAGAAAGAAGGGAUAGUGAACUUACAUUCCAAAAUAAUGAUACUAGCAAUGUUAUGUCACUGAAGAAUAUUGGAACUAAUGUUAAUCUUCAUAGAGUUACGAUUCUUAACCGUCCUGAAGAGGUUUUUUUGCCUUCAAAUGAAAUUCAAACUAGCAAGAAGCAAGAAGGCUCUGUGAAUACUGAAGUUGUUUCAGCCAGAAGGAGCAAUGAGGGUGAAACAUAUAAUUCCUGUUCUGAAGAAUUAUGUAUGCCUAUACUGCCUUGGAUAAAUGGAGAUGGAACCAUCAAUGGGAUAAUCUAUGAUGGGCUUAGGCGACGUGUUCUUGGCACUGUAAUGCAGAAUCCUGGCAUAUUAGAGGAUGAGCUAGUACGCCGAAUGGAUGUGUUGAAUCCCCAGAGCUGUAAGCAGUUACUUGAGUUGAUGAUACUGGAUGGGCACCUCAAAGUGAGGGAGAUGCUUCAAAGUACAAAAGUCGGACCUCCUGCUCUUCUCGGGACAAUUCUUGGCAGCCGCUUUAGCAAAUCUAAAUUGGAAUGCCGGAAGCAUUUCUUUGCCAAUCUCAUGAGCACAUCAUUGUUGUAAGAUAAACUUUGUUUAUACUACUGCAUGUAUAAGACAGUAUCAAUUUCCCAAUACGGGUUUACAAUCAAUUACGUGUAUAUAUUGGAGGCAAAGAUGUACCGUUUAUAUACAACUUUCUGCUUCGCA